GUGUGGCGGUACAUCCUAAAGCAAUGGCGGCGGGUGGCAGCGAUCCUCGGGCUGGCGACGUAGAAGAAGACGCUUCCCAGCUCAUCUUUCCCAAAGAGUUUGAAACAGCCGAGACACUCCUAAACUCCGAAGUUCACAUGCUUCUGGAGCAUCGAAAGCAGCAGAACGAGAGUGCAGAGGAUGAGCAGGAACUUUCAGAGGUCUUCAUGAAAACCCUGAACUAUACAGCCCGCUUCAGCCGAUUCAAAAACAGAGAGACUAUUGCCAGUGUUCGUAGCUUGCUUCUCCAGAAGAAGCUACAUAAGUUUGAGUUGGCUUGUUUAGCCAAUCUUUGCCCGGAGACUGCUGAAGAAUCCAAAGCUCUGAUUCCAAGCCUGGAAGGGCGUUUUGAAGACGAGGAACUGCAGCAGAUUCUUGACGAUAUCCAGACAAAGCGCAGCUUCCAGUACUGAUGGCCAGACAUCACUCUGCUCCUCGGGACGGCUCCAGACAGCACCACGUUCAGAACCCAGUCGGCUUCGUGCAGGAAUGUCAUCACUCUGCUCCUCGGGACGGCUCCAGACAGCACCAUGUUCAGAACCCUGGUGGGCCUCCUGCAGGAAUGUCGCUUCAGAAGACACUGGGACUUCUUUCGUAGUUUUUGCUUUACUGAGAUAGAAUGUCUGGGUAGUUCUCAGAGUCCUCCUGCCUCAGCCUUCCAAGUGCUAGGAUUACACGUGUGAGCCAACACUUACUUACGGCUUGGCUCUUGGAGAAGAAAGAAAUGCUGGCUGUUGGUGCUCUCUUCACAGUGAUUGGUAGACCGUGGUGACCAUCUGUUCUCCUUGCAGCCUUGUAAGGCUGCUGUGGUCAAUCGUGCUGCAAUCCUGAACUGCUGAGGUAGACUGAUGUUAAACAUUUGCUGACUAUCUCUUACUGUGGUUUUUUGGACCCCGUGUUAUUAUUUUUUGUUCUUGACAUUUCAAUUUUUAAUGUCAGUGUAUUUUGUAGUUUUUGAAGCUAAAAUGAUAUAUAAAAAUCUUGUAUAGGGGAGGAAUGUUUGUACUUUGUUGCAAAGGGGGGAAAUAAACCAGAACACUUUAUUACUUGA